AGCUCAGCAUCUAUGCAAGCACCAUCGACUCCCCAGAGGCAUCCACACCAUAUCGCCAGUCGUCACUUACUCCAUGCAAUGCAAGGCAUAAGCAAUGCGCCAACGCUGCCGCGCUGCUCGCUGUCGCCGCUGGUCGUACUCAGCGCGUUCCUCGUCCUCCUCGGCGCCGGCGGGUCGCUCCUCAUCCGGGCCUACUUCGUCCACGGCGGCCGGAGGCUGUGGCUUUCCACCAUGAUCCAGUUGUCCGGCUGGCCGCUCCUCCUCCCGCCCAUAUGCGCCUCCCUGCUCCUCCGCAGCCGGAGCAGGGACGGCGCUGGCGGCGGCGUCGCCGACCACCUCCCCCCUCCGCGCCUCGUCCGCGCCGUGGCCGUCCUCGGCGCGGUCUUCGCCGUGGCGUGCUUCGCGUACUCGCUGGGGUCGCAGGCCCUGCCCCUGUCCACGUCCUCACUGCUGCAGGCGACGCAGCUCACCUUCAACGCCGUCUCCGCGUUCCUCUUCGCCGGGCUCCGCUUCACGCCCUUCUCGGUCAACGCGGUCGUCCUGCUCACCAUCGGCCCGGCGGUGCUCGGGUUCGCGCCGUCGUCGGAGACGGAGGCACAAGCUGAAGGCUCGACGGCGUACUGGACGGGGUUCUUGGAGUGCAUGUCCUCGGCCGCGCUAAUUGGGCUCGUGCUGCCGCUGGUCGAGGUCGCCAUGUCGAGGUACGGGCGCCGGGACGGCGGCCCCGCCGCCGCGAGAGCGCCGCCUCCGUCGUACGCGACGGUCAUGCAGAUCCAGGCCGUGAUGGGCGCGGCCGGCACUGCGGUGUGCCUGGUCGGCAUGGCCAUCGCGAAGGACUUCCAGGCGAUACCGACGGAGGCCGCCGCGUUCGGGCUCGGCGAGACCAACUACUACCUGCUGCUCAUCUUUGGGGCCGUCUCGUGGCAGCUCUCCAACCUGGGGAUCAUGGGGCUCAUCGUCUGCUCCUCGUCGCUCCUCGCCGGCAUCAUGAUCGCGCUUGUCCUGCCGCUCUCGGAGGUCCUCGCCGUCAUCUUCCUCCACGAGAAGUUCGACGGGGUCAAGGGCAUCGCGCUGGUGCUCUGCCUCUGGGGCUUCGUCUCCUACCUCUACGGCGAGAGCGCGCGGAAGAAGAUGAAGGCUACCGGCAAGCAGGUGGCAGAGGGAAGUAAAGACCUGGAGUCAAUCCGUUGCCCCCUGGUGGCACCUUAAUGUUUCUAAAAUGUUUUUAGUUCCCACUUCCCACCGUGCUUGGUUGGUGAAUCUGUCCACAUUGGACAGAUUGCACUGUUCAUGCAUGUGGUAGGUACAGUAGCUUUAGUGAUCUGUCUGCUAAAGUUCAUCUAAUAAAGGAAGUUGUUUGUUUAGGCAAACAGUUAGACCAGA